GAUUUCAUCCGCUUCACAGCUCAGAAGCAAAAUGGCCGCUAGUAAACGAACCGACCACACAGCGUCUGACAGUCACCCCGAGGUAACGCGUUGUUUGCGGAUCCAGGACUAAAAGAACUCUCGCCUUUCCUCGGAUUCUUUUCUACGAUCCACGCGUCGCCGCUCGGUGAUGUCAUUUCUUACUCGACUUCAGCCUUGAAAGCCUCGAAGAACUCGCUCGCUCGGCUAGCUCCCCAGCUAGCCCGCUAGCGCUAGCUCUGCAAGAGAUUUUUUUUUUUUUGCACAGACGCACUUUUAUGUCCUGUGUGAUUCCCGAGACAGGAGAAUCAAGAAAGGGAACAGUAGUUCAUGGAAGACAAGAAAAAGAAGAAAGAAGAUAAGAAGAAAAGGGAAACCUCUCAGAAGGGGCCAGAACAGAAAAUCAAAGUGCCAGAAUCAGCCAAACCCUCCUGCUCCCAGCCGCUCGCCACCCCAGGCUCAGUGUCCCCCAGCCCUGGCCCCGUUGCCCCCUCAUCCCCCAGUCCUGGUGCCGCUGGGGUUUCUGCACAAGUUCCUACUGGUGGUGGGAACAAUGCAAAGCAGCGGACUGCUGUGGCCAACGGACAGCCCUCCUCCUCCCCCUCUGGCAGCCAGACCUCCCAGCAGCAGCGAUACAUGUCCAGAGAGGUUCCACCGAGAUUUCGCAGCCAGCAGGACCACAAAGUGUUACUGAAGAGAGGCCAGCCGCCGCUGUCCUCCAUGCUGCUGGGGGGAGGAGGAGGAGGAGGAGGGGAGGGAGGUACAGGAGGAGGCAGUGGCUGGGCAGCCACCCCUCCUGUGUCCUCACAGGGAGCAGAUAACCCCAAUGCAAGCACAGCUGGAGGCGCAGAUUCCAACCUGGGUUCAUCCUCCCCUUCACCCCCCAACUCAUCUUCAUUAUGUGUUGCUGCUCUGUCGUCUUCUUCUUCUACUACUACUUCAACUUAUGCAAAUUCCACAUGGGGGGCGGGCUCUGGCAGCCAGUCCUCUUCUCAGGGCUGCGGGACGGUGAUUGUGGAUGGGACUGACCUGGAGGAUUGGCCAAGCAUCCUAGGCGGGGCCAAAUUGAGUUCUGACGUGGCUGGAGGAGGGGUGCAGGAGCAAGACUGCCCCGGUAACAACAACAGUAGUGCCUCAUGGAGUGAGAGAAGCAUCCAGCAGAAGGGAGGAACGGCAGGAGGAGGAGCAGGGAACAUGGACAAUCCUUCCCCACCUCGUUCUUCUCCUCCUCUUUCCUCCUCUUCCUCGCUUAAUGAAUGUGUUCAGUCAAGUGAUGUGUGGGGCUCUUCCACCUCCUCUCAGGUGGAGGCAGGGUUAGGAUCAGCAGCAUUUUACAAUUCCAAAGUCUCCCAUCUUCUACCUGGGCCUCAGGAGAGCCCUGUGGGUGGCAGCAGCAGUGUCCCUGGUGCCAAUUUUAACCCCAACAUGAACCCCUCUGCCUGGCCUGCCCUGGUGCAAGGUGGGACAUCAACUUCGGCUAGCGAAGGCCUUCCACUGCACUCGUCCAUUACUUCAGCUUCCUCGUUCUCUGCCAGCACCACCCCCAUCACCACUCAUUCUCUUUCAUCUGUGAAUCAAACUGGUCUUCAUCAGCAGCAUACUGAGAUAGCUGUUCCGGCCAGAAGUGGAGAACCGCAGCACUUAGGAAACCCGGAGCUGGGUUCAAGUGGGGGAGCAAGAGGAGGAGCAGGACCAAAUCAAGAAGGUGGUGAUGAGAAAGGUUGUGGGGUUGCUAGUAUUGAAGAAGAAGGGAGUGGUAAUCUUUCUGGCUCCUCGUCUUCCUCCUUACCUGCCUCUUCUUCUUGGAGAUCCAUGCCACCAGUGUCCUCUGACCUCAGUGCAGGUGUGUCACCGGCCGAUGGGUGGGGUGGGGGAGGCACUGGAGCUCAGGGGCAGGAAGGGAAUGCGUGGGGCUUUGGUAGCCAGGGAGAGAAGCCAGGCUGGGGCAAGGGAAAUGACGGUGGUUCAAAUACCCCAGUGGUAUCUCAGGGAGCAUGGGAAGGAGGCAGUUCAGAAGCAGAGUGGGCUGGAACAAGGGGCAGUGUAACUUUGACUAACUUAGCAAUAGGAAGUGGAAGAGGAGGAGAUGUGAGCAGCAGCAACAGCAGCAGUAGUGGAGGCAGUAUUGGGGGCAGUGUUCUGCAGGACUCUGCCUCACCAAAGUUUGAAACUAUGACAAAAGCUUGGGACAAUCAGACAGGGGUGGAGAGUGGAGACAAAGCAGUUUGUGAGUGGGGUGGAGGAGGAGUAGGGGGAGGAGGAGGAGGGCAGGGUGAAGGCACUGGAAGUGGAGCACCUUCAUCCUCUAGCGGAGGAGGGUCCACAGCUGGAAGCGGUGGAGAAGGGGCUGGUGGCAGUCACAAGCAGGACCAAGCCUCACCUGUAGACAACCGCUCCCCCCAGACCUCCAAUGCUGAAGUGGCCUUACUUGGCAUGCUAAAUCGAUCUGACCUGGACCCCAGAGUACUUUCUAACAUGGGCUGGGGGCAGACCCAGAUUCGACAGAAUGUGGCCUGGGACCUGGACACCACAGCAGGAGUAGGAAACCGAAAGCAAAGAAGUACUUCAUCUUCCUCUGCAUUCUCAUCAGCAACCACGACCACUAGUCGUGGUCCCGGGUACCCCUCUAAUACCAGUUCAGUAACUAAUGAUCCGUCCUCUGGCAGUCACACGGCCAGCCUAAACUCUGGGCCUGCUCCAGUUAAGGAUGGCUGCGAUGGUGAUGCCACACAGUCAACCUGUGGUACUCAUGUGCAUGGUAGCACUAUAAGGAAGCCAGGAUUGCCAGAAGAAGAUAUCAAGGCCAACCCAGGGAAGGCAGCUGGAGGCUGGGGUGAUCUUCCACCCGAAACCCAGGGCAAAGGAUGGGGGACUGACGAACAACAACAAUGGAGGGAUCACAGAGGAGGAGGGAACAGGAGAGACACUGGAAAUCAGGGUAGCGAGUGGACCGAUGGUCCAGAGGAAAAAGGGACAGGGGGAUGGAAGGGGACUGGAAGAGGGGAGACAGGUGGUUGGGGAGGACAGGUUGGAGGGGGAGGAGACUGGGGACAGAGGGACUCGAAGCCUGGAGGUGGGUGGGGAGAUGGGCGAGGAGAUGGACGGGGAGAUGGGCGAGGAGAUGGACGGGGAGAUGGGCGAGGAGAUGGCCGGGAGAUGGGCGAGAUGGCCGGGCGAUGGGCGAGAGAUGGACGGGGAGAUGGGCGGGGAGAUGGGCGAGGCCGAGGUGGAGGCAACUCUGAUGAGGGAUCUUCCUGGGGUAAUAUGGAUGAGGGAGGGUCUCAGCGAGGAGGAUGGGAAGGGGGGGAUGGGGGUGCAAGCAAAUCCCACCAAGAUUGGGGGAGUGCCAAGCCCCACACAGCAGCAGCACAGAUACCAAACAGCCAAGUGGCACCAAUGAAAGCCCCAAAUCAACAGCAGCACCAAUCACAGGGCCAGCAGCCACCAGGAGGUCCCAUGCAAGGUGGGUGGAACAGCCGGUCCAAUGUUGGAGGGAGAGAUGGAGGUGGAGGUGGAGGUCCACCAUCCAAGAAUCAGAACCAAAGUUCAGGCUGGACCUCUGGCCCAAUCCCCCAAAUCUCUGGAGGUGGGGGGGAUGCCCUGGAGACCAGUGGCUGGGAAGAACCCUCCCCUCAGUCUAUCAGUCGCAAGAUGGAAAUCGAUGAUGGCACUUCUGCCUGGGGAGACCCAACCCGCUACAAAAGCAAGAAUGUGAACUUGUGGGACAAGAACAGUGCUCCCCCCAGUCAAAGCCACGCUCAGCAGGCCCCGCCUCCAGGCAUGCAGCAGCAACCCCCCAGAAGGCAGCAAGGGAUGCAGCAAGGGAUGCAGCACAGCAGGGAUGCAAACUCUCGCAGUGCUGCAGCGGGUCCGGGUAUGUGGGGAGGAGGUGCACCAUCUGGGGAUAAUGGUAAUACUACGUGGGGCCAGGCGUCAGAUGCAACAGCAGGCUGGGGGGAUCAAGAGGAACCCAGCAAAGCUUCUGGCUGGGGGAACCCUUCACCCAACCCUGGUAAACCUGCAGGCACCAAGUCGAUGGAAAGCUGGGGUGGGAAGGGAGAGGCCUCCGUUGCAGCCUCCCGUCACGCCAGCUGGGAUGAGGAAGACGAUGGUAGUGGAGGGGUCUGGAACAACACGACCAACCAGGGCAACAGCUCCUCCUUCAACUCUGGAGGCUGGGGUCAGACUCAUGGAGGCAAGAGAGGCAACAUGAAGAGUGGAGGUGGGGAGAGCUGGAUGAACCCAGUUUCACGUCAGUUUUCAAACAUGGGCCUUCUGGGUGAUGAUCCAAGUGAUGACAAAAAGAUGGAAGGAGACAAGAGAGGAAUGAGUGACUAUAACGGAGAGAUGCGUAGGGGAGGAAGAGGCGGAGGAGGUUACCGCAUGCCUAGUUCCAAAGACAUGGGUCCCGUUGACAUGGGGCCGUAUGGAGACAAGAUGGGUGGCCAUGGAGGGUUUGCUGGCAGUGGCGGAGGGAUGGCUCCACCUCGAGGGAUGCACCAACCGGGCAUGCAUCCGCUGAACUCCCAGGGGUUGCGUGCUCAAGUGCCUCAUCAGUUCCUCUCUGCACAGGUGCCGGGUCCUAUGCUGAAGCAGAUGCCUUCUCCUGGUAGCAGUGUGGGUGGAGUGGUUGGUGGAGUGGGAGGUGUCGGCAGCGUCGGAAGUGUCGGCGGGGUCGGUGGUGUUGGUGGAGGGGUGAUCCCUCCUCAAAUUUCCCCACAGCAGCUAGCAAUGCUCAGCAACAUUUACCCCCAUGUGCAGCAGUUCCAUCUGGCUUGUCAGCUCCUUCUGCAGCAGCAGCAGCAACAGCAACAACAGCAGCUCCUGCAGAACCAGAGGAAGUUCCCUCAGCCUCAGCCUCUCAGGCAGCAGGCAGACCCACAGCAGCUGGCGAGGAUUAUGGCUAUUCUGCAGCAGCAGAGGCAGCAUCAGCAGGGUGGGGUUGGAGGAGCUGGAACAGGAGGAGGGGGCUCCAAACUGUCCCCUUCUCACCUGGGAGCAGGCCUCUCCAAACAGCCCAUGGUUGACUCCCUUCCACAUCCUGGAAUGGGGGGGCCCUUAUCAGACCAUCAUGCCAAAACACAAGGGAUGUACUCUGGGCUUGCCCCUGGUGGUAACAUGUCAGGAUUGGAGCUUGGUCCCAUGAUGGGAGGCAUGAAGGAAACCGGAGGACAGCAGUCCAGAUUCAAGUGGAUGAUGGAGGGACACUCCCCAGCUCCCUCUCCCCCCAACCCAAGCCUUCAUAAGAACGGCCCGUUACCCAGUUCUAUAAAGGUGAGAGGAGGAUCCCCUUACUCCCAGUAUGAAAUGCUGGGCGGUGAUGGUUUAGGGAUUCCCCCACAGGGCUCUGCAGACAACUGGCAUCGAACUCCCGGUAGUAAAAUGGGGAACAAACCUGCCAUAUCCAGCUGGCCUCCAGAGUUCCAGCCCGGUGUGCCCUGGAAAGGAAUCCAGAGUAGUGGAGACCCCGAGUCUGACCCCUACAUGACUCCUGGUAGUGUUCUUGGCUCCCCAGGACCCCCAAGCCUCAAUGACUCUGACCACCAGUUACUACGAGACAACAUAGGGCCAAACCCUUCCCUCAACACCUCGCUGCCUUCACCUGGUGCCUGGCCCUACAGUGCCUCAGACAGUCUGCUCAGCAAUGCACACAGCACAGGAAAGUACUCGGAGUACAAGCCCAGCUGGCCUCCAGAGCCCAUCGGACAAAACAAGUUUUGGAAAACCAAUCGCAACAGCUCGCAUCUGCCACGCCCCCCUCCUGGCUUAACUAAUCAGAAGCAGGCCUCGCCCUCCCCAUGGGGCAGUGGGGGCCCACGGUCGGCCCGGAGCUGGGGAGGAGGUGGGAUGAAUCAAGAGUCAAGAUAUGGGCCAGGCUCAGCUUGGAGCGAUGGCACGGCCUCCAGAGGCAGCUGCUGGUUGUUGCUGAGCAACCUGACCCCGCAGAUCGAUGGCUCCACACUGAGGACUAUCUGCAUGCAGCAUGGCCCCCUGCUGACCUUCCAUCUUGGCCUAACCCAGGGCAGCGCUCUGAUUCGCUACAGCAGCCGGCAGGAAGCAGCCAAGGCCCAGGGUGCACUACACAUGUGUGUUUUGGGCAACACCACAAUCCUGGCGGAGUUUGUGAGUGAGGAGGAAGUUGCUCGCUAUUUUGCACAUUCCCAGGCCGGAGGGACAGAGGGGGGCAGCUCAGGAGGGGCCCCAGCCAGUGGAAUGCAGGGCUCGUCUGGUACAGGCACCUCUGUGGCCAACAGUGGUGGUAGCUCCCCCGGGAGUGAGCGGGCACCAGCACCAACUUCAGGUGGAAAUGGAGGAGGCGGGGAAAGUGGAACAGCGGGUCUAGGUAGUGUGAGGUCCUCCGGGUCUGGCUGGCAAAGUCUCGAUGGUACUGGCAGUUCUUCAGACACCUCUUCAGCCCAAGGACCCGGGCUAGGGAUAUUUUCCCAGUGGAGCACGAAUGGGUCAGGGGAGGGAGGAGGUGUUGGGGGAGUUGAGGGUGGGAGGUCUGGCCUCUGGGGUGGCAUGACUGCCGGAUACCCCAGCAGCAGCCUGUGGGGGGCACCGCAAAUGGAGGAAAGGCUCCAAAUGGACAGCCCUGCUGCAUUGUUGCCUGGCGACCUGCUGGGGGGAGGAGCUGACUCCAUCUGAUGAGGCCCCUCCAUUUGUAUGUGUAGGUUUGGACACACUGAUACAACAUACACUGGGUUACAUAUGUACUUACUAUAGCACACACACACAAACACAAACACAUUUACAUGGUAUGCAUAUUAAUUAAUGUACUACACAUAUACCACAUGUGCAUACAUAUACUCAGUAUGCAUAUUGACGUGCACACACAUAAAGCAGAAAUGUGAGACAUGCUUACACACAUUCUUGUGGCCAGACUUAAGCUAUUAUAUAAACAAAUGCAGGGACUGUUAGAUGUGUAUACAGCCUUUUUCCACAGAUGAAGAUUUCAACUGCUUAGACUUGAAACCUGAAAAAGAAUGAAAAGUCAGUUGGUCUGAAAGACUUGACUGGAUUGCAAUGUGCUUAGUAAAUAGGGGACUUUUCAACAGAUUUACAUACACAUGCACACACCAAAUACAGACAAGCCUUCAGACAGUUGGGCACUGUACACAGCAUUACCUUCAUCGUAUAAGAGAACUUAAAACUACUACAUGAUGUGAGGUUAAAGUGCAGUUUGUAUUCGUGUCCCCUUAAAGACGGAGACGGAAUCCAAACACAUGCAAACAGCUCUGACUGACAGCAGAACUGUAUCUUACUGUGUAUGUUCAGUUUAUUUUUUUUUUCUCUGUUUGUUUGUAUGUAUGGUUUUAAUUUUUGAACAGUGAAAAUAUUGAAAAAUGUCAUUGUUCUGUUUUCAAAAUGCUGACCUCCUACUGUUGUAUCUCACGCACUCUUUCUCUGUUAUACUCUCUUGAACAUGUUUGUUACUGUUGCAGUGAUAAAUGUUAAAUUGCUGGCAGUUUGCGGCUAUGUUGCAUUUCUCCACGUGUCGAUGCUGCGCGCAGUAUCAUACACACGAUAUUGACAUGUGUAUGAGUGAGACUGAGACCAAGUAAGUGGAUUACACCACCGCAGUUUGUGUGUGUGCGUGCGUGUGAAUGUGAGAAAAAUGUGUGUGUGCAUGUUAAUGCCUGUCGUUAUGUGGGCAAGGCUGCUUACUAUACAGAAGGUCUAUACAAAAAUGUUUUUGAGUGCUAUCGGUAUACUGCUGACUGUGUUAAGAAAUAUUGGCACUAAUGCUUUUUUUCUCAUUUGAAGUUGUUUGUUUUUUUUAGCAGACUUGUCUUUUUUAUUGUCCGACCUGCAAUAAUAAAAAAAAAAAAGAACAUUUUAAUGACACAAAGAGCUGAAGGCAUAAGAGUUGAGAAAACGGACAUGCCAAAUCUUAUCAACUGUGUGGAGCGGGAGGGAAGGGUGGGACGGGUUGUUUACAGAUGCAGAGUAAGAGUUACCGUACGUUUUUAAUAUUCUGUUGUGUAUUCGUUUUAAAUUAAGACAGGCUUUAACACUCCUGUUCAGUGUUUUCGUUUUGAGAUUUUACAAAGGAAAAAUUUAUUUAAACAAUGAGAACAAGAUUAAUAAAGAUGAAAGUAUUGGCUUCUA